AUGCCAUUUUCCCGAGAAAACCUGGCAAAUUUUCCGGGAAUAUCCGUGGUCCGGAAUCAGCCUCGCGGAUACGCAUACGUCUCCACAGUAUGCAUAGUCUCUUAUGUUCUGUAUCUAAUCUUCUCCACACACCUACUCUCACGCCUCCAGUCACAUAGCAAAUCACACUCCUCUUCUUGCGUGUUCCAUUCUCCGGAGGAGGCUUUCCACUUGGAUUACGAGAAGAUGGAGAAGGAGUUCAAGGUGUUUGUCUACCCCGACGGUGAUCCUAAAACCUAUUUCCACUCGCCGAGGAAACUCACCGGUAAAUACGCAAGCGAAGGCUAUUUCUUCAAGAAUAUCAGAGAGAGCCGUUUUUUCACCGAUGAUCCUCGUCGAGCUCACCUCUUCUUCCUUCCUAUAUCUUGCCACAAAAUGCGAGGCAGAGGGUUGAGUAACGAGCGUAUGAUUGAUGAAGUUGAGAAGUAUGUGGAGCGCCUAAGGUCUAAGUACCCCUAUUGGAACAGAACUUUGGGUGCUGAUCACUUUUUUGUGACUUGCCACGAUAUUGGUGCCAAGGCUACUAAAGGAGUUCUACAUCUAGUGAAAAAUUCAAUUCGAGUGGUUUGUUCAGCAAGUUAUGAUAACGAUGAUUAUAUUCCACAUAAGGAUGUUACCCUCCCACAAGUGCAGCUGCCAUUUUUUCACCCUCCAGGGGGAAAUGACCUCAAGAAUAGGAAUACGCUUGCUUUUUGGGCUGGUCGUUUCGAUUCUAUAUUGAAAGAUGAACUAGCAGCUAUGUGGGACAAUGAUACUGAACUUGACAUCCAGAACAACAGAAUUUACCCUCGAGCGACUGGGCCAAUUGUACAUAUGGAGAAACUGUAUAAAUCCAAGUUUUGUUUGUGCCCUCAGGGCCCUGUUGGUAGCAGCCGUAUCGCAGACUCUAUCUACUAUGGGUGUGUUCCAGUUAUCAUGUCUAACUAUUAUGACUUGCCUUUUAAUGAUAUUCUGGAUUGGAGGAAAUUUUCUGUUAUACUGAAGGAAACUGAUGUUUAUCUACUCAAAGAUAUUCUCAGCAGUAUAUCUGAGAAACAUUUGAUGACCCUGAAUCAGAACUUAGUGAAGAUUCAGAAGCAUUUCAAGUGGAAUACACCUCCAGUCAGACUAGAUGCGUUUCAUAUGGUCAUGUAUGAACUCUGGUUACGCCGCCAUUUGAUUAGGUAUUGA